AUGUCAUUCUUCUUGAGUUGGUUCUUGCUCGCCCUCAUUUCGUCCUUCGUUUUGGCUGACGUCAGCGAUGCCGUCGAUCGUUUGAUAGCCGCCCUUCCAGGACAGGUCCAAACCAACGAUAUUCCCCCACCAUAUAACACACGAUUUGAUGAAGCCAAUGGUUACGAUCCAGCCGCUAUGGUUUACGUGUCUUCAGCUGAGGAUAUUAUUAUUGCCUUGAAGAUCUGUUACGAGGAAGAUACUCCUGUAGCUCUGAGGAGUAAUGGUGGCCACUCUUAUAUCGGACAAUCUACAGUCAACGAAGGUGUCAUCAUCAACUUCUCGGAAUUGAAGAGUUUCGAUGUUACUUAUGAUGAUGAUGGUCGAUACAUCGCUAAGAUGGGUUCUGGUUUGAUGUUGUUGGAAGUGUACUCGAGGCUUGCUCGUCAUGACCCCCCACUAGGGUUGGCUGCAGGCUCUGGUUCUUCCGUUGGUUUAGCUGGUUUAACCUCUGGUGGUGGCCAUGGUCUGUCUUCUGCUAUGUAUGGUGUCACAUCUGAUAGAAUUGUUGCUGCUGAGGUUGUGGUAUACAAUCGCGAGAAUGGUCAGUUUGAAUUGGUUACUGCUACCGGUUAUAAUGAGUAUUCUGAUCUUCUCUUUGCUGUCCGUGGUGGUAUGGGUGGUAACUAUGGUGCAUUAGUUUCACUAAGUUAUGACGCCUUCCCUGUCACUAACGUGGUUAUUAUUUCCGGUAAGAACUUCGAUUCGAAUCCUUCCGUACAAGCUCAGAGGAUUAAAGCCUUUCAAGAAUUUAUGCACUCCGAUGCUGUCGGUCCUGAGAUGUUCGGAAUCGGUAAAUUCUUAGGCGGUGGUGGGAUUCAGUACAGCGCUCAGUGCAUCUGUGAUGAUGUUACUGGUGAUUGUACGGUCUGUCAUGGUAAAUUGGAUGCGAUGCAAGCUGCAGUCGGCCUGGCUAAUCCUCUACGUGUCGAGCAAGACUUUGGAAAGGCCAUGUGGUACUGGGCUGAUUGCACUUCCGAUUCUUGGAUGGACUUCUACCCUUCUGAUGGUGUAGCUAACUGCAGUGAGGAGGAUCUCCAAGAUGCUAUGGAAAAGUGUUGGGCAUUUGAUAGAGAUGUUUACGGUGGCCCCUAUAAGGCGAAGUCCAUCUACUUCCCCAAGGAUAUGAGCAUUGAAACUUUGGAGUAUCUCGCUCAAGCCUCGGUCGACCCAGUGUGUCAAAAUGCUGGUGAUUGUGUGAUGCUCUUAGACUUCUACGGUCAUGCCAUGUCAGAAGAGCCCGAAGACUGUGACCCAAGUGCUGGCAAGUGUACCUCUUUCGAUCAUCGAACGCCCGGGUGGCACCUGCAAAUGUUGGCUAUUUGGGAUAAGGAUGAGCCAACUCCCACUGACAAACUUGCAUGGAUUCAGCAGACUUAUGACUCGGUCUUUCCAGUGUCGCUCGGUGAAGCCUUUCAGAAUUACAUCGAUUCUGACUUGGCUGAAGGCCGUGAGUGGAUCAGUCAGUAUUUCCCUAAUGCGGAUACUUAUCCAAGACUUCAACAAGUGAAGUGUCGAUAUAAUGGGAUUGACAUGUUCAACUUUGCGGCCAUUGACUUGAUGACUAUUGAUAUUGAUGACGACAUAUGCGGAGUAGAUACCACUACGACUACCGAGGUCCCUACCACUACGACUACUGAGGUCCCUACUACUACGACUACUGAGGUCCCUACCACUACGACUACUGAGGUCCCUACCACUACGACUACUGAGGUCCCUACCACUACGACUACUGAGGUCCCUACCACUACGACUACUGAGGUCCCUACCACUACGACUACUGAGGUCCCUACCACUACGACUACUGAGGUCCCUACCACUACGACUACUGAGGUCCCUACCACUACGACUACUGAGGUUCCUACCACUACGACUACUGAGUUCCCUACCACGUCGACUACUGAGGUCCCUACCACUACGACUACUGAGGUCCCUACCACUACGACUACUGAGGUCCCUACCACUACGACUACUGAGGUCCCUACCACUACGACUACUGAGUUCCCUACCACGUCGACUACUGAGGUCCCUACCACGUCGACUACUGAGGUCCCUACCACGUCGACUACUGAGGUCCCUACCACGUCGACUACUGAGGUCCCUACCACAUCGACUACUGAGGUCCCUACCACAUCGACUACUGAGGUCCCUACCACUACGACUACUGAGGUCCCUACCACUACGACUACUGAGGUCCCUACCACUACGACUACUGAGGUCCCUACCACUACGACUACUGAGGUCCCUACCACUACGACUACUGAGGUCCCUACCACUACGACUACUGAGGUCCCUACCACAUCGACUACUGAGGUCCCUACCACGUCGACAACUGAGGCCCCUACCACUACGACUACUGAGGUCCCUACCACUACGACUACUGAGGUCCCUACCACAUCGACUACUGAGGUCCCUACCACAUCGACUACUGAGGCCCCUACCACAUCGACUACUGAGGUCCCUACCACGUCGACAACUGAGGCCCCUACCACUACGACUACUGAGGUCCCUACCACGUCGACAACUGAGGCCCCUACCACGACCACAUUGCCGCCUUCAAAUGAUUGUCAAGAGGCGGAUAGGAGAUGCUCAGAAAGUUACCCGGGUUCCUAUUGUAUGUCAUAUAAAGUUCCUUCGGUAUGUUGGGGAAGCAACGAGCUUUGCACCUGCGGCUCAAUCUCCUCUUCCACCACUGGCUCAUCGUCUGGUAGCAGCUGCUUCGAGGAAGAUCUACGCUGCGCUAGUCUUAAAGAAGGUUCGUACUGUAAGUAUUGGAGCAAUCCAUCCAAGUGUUGGGGGAUUACCGAGCCAUGUCAUUGCUAG